UGAUGAAGUUUGGGACAGGGUCUCGGAUGUUGCUAGGAAACCGCAAACUCUCCCCGGGAAGACGAGGGGCACCGGAACCGACAGAGCAGACAGGAAGAGAUAGAAGAGAUGUCAGACGGAAGAGGGCAUUUGCAUUUGAGACUCAAUUAUGCAGAGGAGUUGAGAAUCAAGAAAGAGCUGGAAAGAUUGCUUAAGCCUCCUCAGAGGACUGUCAAGCAGGACACGGUGGAUUUCAGGAGUAGCUCGCCCCUGUCUCUAACGCCCGAUCCUACUUUAUCCCAAUUUAAACAGCUUUAUUCAACCUCACGCCCAAGAUCUAAGGUCACAGGCAGACCGGCUCAACCCACUUGCCAAUCUCCAUCAGCCUCUGAUCUGCCUCAAGACUCUAUGAUUGACAGUACUGAGAAAAAACAUCAGAAAGUUGGUGGAUCGGUAAAAAGUCCAGUGCCUUGCUCAAGAGAUGCCACACAAGAGUUACAAGAAGAAAAAUAUCUGCAAAGUGAUCAGUCAUCCUUUAUCCAUAAACAAUAUGAGAAGACCAACCAUAGAGUAGAGAGACCUGCAAUUGCAUCAAUGGUUGGAACCACCAAGCCUAUAUCAAUUUUUCAACGGCCAAGACCACCUGCAAAGCUCAGGUCUACCAUGACUCAGAAUUUCUCCAAGCCACGCACGUCUGUGAAGCCCACAGCGGUCCAGAAGAAGGUGACACGAAAACUGAAGGUGAUACAAGCUCCAUCCAGCGAGAUAAGGAAGGCUGUCGAUGAGAGGUCCAGCAAAAGCAGUGAUGGCAGCAAUUCUUCUUCAAGCUCUGACUCUGAGUACAGCGACGACUCGGAGAAAAGAGCAAGAAGUACAAAGAAGAAAAAGAAAAAAGUUUCAAAGAAAAUGAAAACAUUGGCCACACCAGAACGAGAAAAUGUUGAAGGUGGCAAUUUGACUCCUAGUGUGCUGUUGCCAGAGCAACUCUAUGAAGCAACUUAUACAUCGGCUGUAUGUAAAAACCAUGAACUUGAUGAAACCACUGAUAAAACUGCAGAGGGCAUACAUACCGCAUACCUAAUGCCACCGAUGAAGACCACGGCUAGGUCGGUGGAUGAAAUAAUUGCAUCACUGUAUUCUCCACAGACACAUACAGAAUCAGAUAUGAUGAUUAAACAGUUGAUGGAGAGUGUUUUGGGCCUUAACUAUAGCCUCACAUUUGGGAAACCAGAAGAAGAAAGGAAUGUGACAUAUGAGCCAGAGAUAUCACAACCAGUGCUGGAAGAUCAGGAACGGUCAUCUGUAGAAAGUCCAUCUUCACAGCAGCAGAGACCUCUGGAUCCAGGCACAGAUGUUGCAUUGACUGAUAGCAAGCUGUCUAUAGAAUUAUCUUUCACGGACAAGGAUGAGGAAGAUACCAUUCAGCAAAUAUCUAUCUCGACCCAAGAGAACCCUACCACACCAUUGCAGGAAGAGGAAAUGACAGAUGAAGAAGCUAAACAAGUACUAAGAUGUGCUGCGCAGGUCACCAUCUCGGACAUCAUUCAUGUGAAGGGGGAUGCAGUGCCACUGACAAGACGGGAGACAGCAACAACACGCCCUCCUGUGGCUCUUCUUGCCACCUGGAAACCGAGAACCAAAUCUGCUUCUCAUCAAACAAUCCAUCAUCUCUGCACAGUAUCCCCCAGCCAUGUCUUACCAAGCACCCUGCAGCUGGCAUCACGAGUACAGCACACGGUAAACAGAAGAGGCCAUUGGUCUGAUGUUGAGGUCUUACGAGAAAAAAACAACUUCUUCCCAGAUGAUUCCAAAGACAGAAUGCGAAUUUUGCAGGAAGGGAUCCCUACUUCAAUGCUUCAGUCACAGGGCCAGAGUGGUGGUGUUGUCACUCUGCCCCCUCAUAGUGAACAUAGCUUAGAGGAGUGGCAGAGAAUUGCUGAGUAUUAUGUGGAAGGACCUCGUAUGGAGCUCAUUGGAGAGCAGGCAUCUCUGAACUCUGAAACCUUGAAGAUGUUUUGGGCACCAGCUCCUCCUAAGUUCUCUGCCCCUCUGUCUUUAAUGCAGGAAACUUUGUUCUCCAAAUAUGAGAGCUGCUUAGAUGAACAGGAAGCCACAGAAGGAUUACUGUCGAUGGAGACUGAAAGUGAGUCAUCAGAGGAAGAGACUAUGGACCCAGAAGACCUUGCAAAGCUGGACAGAGUUUUAUCUCGAAGACAUGAUUCUUUACCAAACAUUGGUUUUCCAACUUUAUCUGCUCCAAAGCUUAAGAAAACACACUCUUCUUCUUCUCCAAAUAUAUCGAUCUCAGGGGAAAGUAAAUUCCAUCUUUCAGCUGACUUUCAAACAAGUAUGAAGGAGCUUGCAGCAUGGAAGCAACAACAUUACAGGCCUCUAGAAGCUGUAACUGUCUGUGCAGGUGAAGAAACAGAGGAGCAAAAACCCCAAAUAAUUCCAGGCAUCUCUGCACAGACAGACUUAUUUACUGACCAAGACAAAGAGUUGACUUAUACAGAGGUGGGGGCUGUUCAACAACAGACUUUGAGGCAUGUCAAGAGGAAGAAAUAUAAGAAGAAGAAAGGACACUUGGAUCCUAAGAAACUGAAAAUUAUAUUACAGGAGCUAAAACGACCACUGCAGAGUCUUAAAAGAUCUGUGUCCGUUGAAAGAAUCCCCAUUGGUUCAAGACCAACUCAGCAUCUGCGGAGCUCCAGUCUCCCUCGCCAGUUGGACUUUUCAUUCUUCAUAAGAACACAGGGUGGUGCCCAAACUGGUCAGGAUCUUCGAGAAUGGGUGAGAGACAUCUGGAAUAGUUGGUUUGAUGAAGUUUUUCCACCAAGUCAGACACCUAUGGAAGAUGAAGCACAGUACUAUGAUAUAGCUGGUCCUGCAAUUCUGCCUGAUCCUGAAAAGAAGGAGACACCAUUGACAGCAGGCUUGGAUUCAGUACCGCCUGUGCUUGUAGAGGACCCAGCAGCAUCUGUGCAAGAUGUGGAGAGUGAGAUUUCCUAUCUCACCAGUUUAAUAGAGAAGCAGGAGAGACCAUCUGUAUUCCACUACUGCAGAAGAGGUGCUUUGCACAGAAAACUAGGCAAUCUACACCUUGCCUUACAAGAUUUAGAUAUGGUUAUAAAACAGGAGCCACAACUGCUGGAUGCAUAUUGGCAUAGACAUCUGAUUUUCUUGCUGCAGGGGAAGACAAACGAGGCUCUAGAUGACUUGAACUUCAUUAUUAAAUAUAAUAAAACACAUGCAGAUGCGUACUUGUCCAAAGCUGAGAUAUACAAGCAGAAGAAGGACUACACUUUGGCUAUAGUGAACUAUACACAAGCUCUUAAAUGUCAGCCAACGAACGAUGACAUCUAUUUCCGGCGGGCACAAAUGUACGAGGCUCAGGAUGAACUUAUUAUAGCCAUGGAUAAUUAUGCUCAGUGCUUUUCCCAUAAUCCCAGUCGGACAGAUGCUCUUAUGAAGCAUGGCAUGUACUAUUUUGCGAACAGCAACUGGGGUGCAGCAGUACAGGACUUCACAGCUGCCAUCAAACAGGACUUUACUAAUGUGGAGGCCAGAACUUUCCGUGGAAGAGCUUACACCAAGCUAGCUCGCUACAAUGAGGCAGCAGAAGACUUUUCGGCUAUUAUUCAUUUGGAUCCCAAGAACUGGAUGGCUUUUUAUUACAGAGGAUGUUUGCUGCGCAAGUGCUAUCCACACCAUGCCCUGCAAGACUUCAGCAUUUCUGUGCUUCUUUAUGAUGACUUUGAAAAUCUGAAUGCUUUUCUUCAGCGUGGUAUCCUUUACACAGACCUAGGACUGUCGUCUGAGGCUACAUUUGACUUUGAACAUGUACUAACUUUGGAUAGGACUGUGGCUGUGGCACAUGUGAAUUUGGGUCUAAUCUGCCUUCUGCACCGAGAACAAUAUUCCCAAGCAGUCCACCACUUCUCUGCAGCUAUAAAAGUGGACCCUCUCUGUGUUAGGGCAUAUCUCUGCAGGGCACAAGCUUACAGACAGCAAAAAGAUUUGCAGAAUGCAUUAAAGGAUAUAACCCGUGCCAUCCAUCUGCAUCCAGACUCACCGGAACCAUAUAUAAUCCGGGGACAGUAUCUGUAUGAGAUGAAGAGAUAUGAUCUUGCCAGCUUCUGCAUUUACCACGCAGCUGAGAUGACUCAAGGUUCCUCACCGGUUCAGCAAGCCUUGGUCCAGUCCUUCCGCAGGCAAUACAACAAUGCCAUUGAAUGCCUGGUUUCUGCCAAUAAACAGAAGCCAGCUCCGGCCCUGAUGAUCCUCUUAGGAAAAAUACAAAUGAAGGCAAAGAAAAACAAGGAUGCAGCGGAAAGCUUUAGACAGGCUCUGGAAAUAAUGGGUCAUUCAGAUGAGAGGUCAUCCACCUCUGACAGGGCAGAGAUCUUCUACCUGUUGGGUAUUUGUUACAUGGAGCAGUUCAAGUUCUUACAGGCACUUGAGGCUCUGACUAGCGCUGUGAAAACCCGUUCAGGUUAUUGUGAUGCUUAUUAUCAGCGUGGAUUGUGCCGUAUGCGUCUACAGCAAGCCGGCUGUGUGCAGGACUUCAACAGGGCUCUUGAAAUCAACCCAACACAUUUCCAGGCCUAUUUGUGUCGAGCAGCGUUCUAUGGAUUCAGAAAGAGAUACUCAAAAGCUAUCAUGAACUGCAAUGCUGCAAUCAAAGUACAGCCACACAGCGUAAGAGCUUAUCUCUACAGAGGAGCAUUAAAGUACUACAUAAAGGCAUAUAAACUGGCCAUUCUGGAUUUAACAAAAGCUGCAGAGUUGGAUCCAUCCUGCUCUCUUAUAUACUACAACAGAGGAGUUUGUUACCAUCAGAUGAAGAUGUAUGAGGAGGCUUUGAAAGAUUAUGCUAUUGUACUUAUUCUGGGAGGAUGGAAAGAAGCUGAUGUUAAAGUUCUUGUUAAUCGCGGAUUGCUUUACCUUGAGCUUCAUGAUUAUGCCAAUUCAUUGGAGGACUUCAAAGCUGUGGCUAGCAAAGCCCCUGGAGACAUAAAGAUCCAUCAGGCAAUAGGAGACUGCCAUCACAGACUGCAGCAGUACGAAGAGGCUGUGCAGGCAUUUAAUCAGGUUCUGCAGCUAAACCCCUUAUCUCCAGAAGGAUACAUUGGCCGUGGCAAUGCCUACAUGGAAUAUGGCCAUAAAGAGGGAUUCAGAUAUGCUCAGAUGGAUUUUGUGAAGGCUCUUCAUCUGAAUCCUAUGUGCACUGCUGCUAGGAUUUGCCUGGGUUAUAACUUACAGGCACAGGGAUCCUAUCAGAAAGCCUGGAACCAGUUUACAAUAGCCUUGGAUAUCAAUCCACAGAGCUUGCUAGGGUUUGAAGGCCGUGCUAUUGUCAGCUUACAGAUGGGGGACACAUUUGCUGCACUUCAAGACAUGAACGCUGCAAUAAAGCUUGGUGUAACGGCACAGCUGCUAACAAACCGAGGUGUUAUCCACCAGUUCAUGGGGAAGUUGCCAAAUGCUAUGAGAGAUUAUCAAUCGGCAAUUGCAGCCAAUCCAAAAUACUCUCUGGCUUACUUCAAUGCAGCUAAUCUGUAUCUUCACAACCGUCAGUUCUCACAGGCAAAAGAAUACUACUCUCGAGCCAUGGAGCUAGAUCCCAGCAAUGAAUCGGCCACUCUGAACAGAGGUAUUACUAACAUGCUUUUACAAGACGUGCAAGGAGCUCUUCAAGACUUCCACAUGGUCAUUGAUCAGUGCCCAGUAUCCUCUGCUGCAUACUUCAAUCGUGCUAGCCUACAUAAAACUUUACAGCAGUAUGAUGAAGCUGAGAGUGACAUAUCCCAGGCUAUGAUUCUUCAACCUGGAGACCCCCUGAUGUAUAAGCUUCGAGCAGAUAUCAGAGGAAAAAUGGGAAUGACCAAAGAAGCCAUUGAAGAUUAUGAACAAGCAAUAUAUCUCCUGCAGCAGUGAUAAUGCUCAUUAGUGUGAUGACUGAUAAAUUACGUGAGAGCGUUGCACCUAUCUCUCCCUGCACAGAGCCCACCAACCCCUAAAACGUAACUUUUAUUCCAACCAAACUAAAAAUAACACAAGUUGGCAAAAAACUAUAAUGUAUAGAGGUGAUGCUUAAAAUAAAUAUCUAUAAAAGGAAAUUUAUUUUUGUCUAU